AUGUUGUCAAAUCCGUGCUUGGAGAAUUUAGUCCGUGGGUUCACAAGUACCGAGUGGGACAGGGUUGCUGGGCAUCAAGGUCGAGCUUUAUGCAUGAAUAGCGACGUCACAAUAGAGUUGGUGUUGAGAAGUGGAAUGGGAAUAAGCUUCACUAUUGUGAACUAUAGUUUAAAGGAGGAGCUACUCCUCAUUGGAGAACUGCGCGAGUUUAGUCCAAUGGAACAGAAUGCAUCGUGGUCAUCGGAACGUAUCCGAGACUACACCAGAAAAUAUCAAAUAGCGUAUACUGUCAACACUUUAUGA